AGUCCCCAUACAGAGAUGUUAAGCGUAGCACACAGCAAUACUGCAGCUAAAUCAGAGCUGUUAUUAACAGUGAGUGGAAUUUCUUCAUUUGGGAGCUUACUUUUCAAGUAGCACAAGUCGCCAGAGCAUUGUAAACAACGCGACCAUUGAGGUGGCAGCAAUUUUCCAGAGCGCCGCGUUAUUAAAUGACCCUAAAAAAGCGCAAAGAAAACAGAAGUCAUUUUCCCCGGCCGGUACUUUACGAGCAACCUUCAACAGAGAACAAGGAGCAGAAACAUCCCCCUGUGAUUUAUUUGUUUCUAAGUCUGGGCAGAGCUGCACUUCCCAACUGCUGUGAGGAGCUGGGCAAGGAUGGAUGGGACAUAAAGCAAGGCAGAAGUCCUGGAGCCUUAGUCACCAGUCUGAUGGACUUUCAGUUCACACUUUGCUCCCUGACACUUGAAUUGUUUCUGUACUGUUGACAAAGGAAUAAUGACCUCUACUCUAGGUCCACCACCGCCAUACUACGAGAACAGGGGCUUCCAGCCAGAGCCCCUCUACGCUGCCAGGCAGGCAGCAGGUGCUGCUCCUUACCCCCAGCUCUUCUCCACAAACCCUCCCUCCGUGCCAAGCUACAUGCCCAGGGUUGCCACCCACCAGCCCAGCCCGCCCGCAGCGCGCCCGCCCAGGAGAACGUGCGCCGCCAGUCUAAGGAAAACCAUAAUAAUAAUAUUAUCUAUAUUAAUAGUCAUUUGUUGUGCAAUUGCUGCUUUCUUCAUCUGGUAUUUUGUAGAGAAUACCUGUCUCAGCUCCCUGGUGGGGUGUGGAUCCUCGGGGGUGUGCAUGUCCCCCUCCCAGUGGUGUGACGGAGUGAGCGACUGCCCCAACGGGGAGGACGAGACCCGCUGUGUUAGACUUUUUGGACCAAAUUUUAUCCUGGAAGUUUAUUCACCUGUCAGCAACUCCUGGUAUCCUGUUUGCCAUGAUGACUGGAAUGAUGAUUAUGGGAAGAUUGCAUGCAGAGACAUGGGCUACAACGUAGAUACGUAUUUCUACAGUCAUGGGGUACCCCCUGAAGCCAGCUUUAAGAGCUACAUGAAGCUGAACACAAGUGCUGGGAAUAUAGACUUGUACAAAAAGCUGUACAACAGUGGUUCCUGUGCCACAGGAAACGUGGUUUCUCUGCGCUGCAUAGAGUGUGGCCUGUCCAGCAAGGGCGUGAGCACGAUGAACAGGAUCGUGGGUGGCAGCGGGGCCGUGCUGGGGCAGUGGCCCUGGCAGGUCAGCCUGCACGUGCAGGGCACCCACGUCUGCGGGGGCUCCAUCAUCACCCACAGCUGGAUUGUGACAGCAGCACACUGCGUGGAAGGGCGACUUUCUGACCCACACAGCUGGAGGGUUUAUGCUGGGAUUCUGAACCAGGAUGAGAUGCUCUUUAGAAGUGGAUACAAAGUGCAGCUGAUAAUUUCCCAUCCAGAUUAUGACACAGACUCUAAAGACAAUGAUGUUGCCCUUAUGAAGCUGGAGACACCACUGAGUUUUACUGAAACUGUGAAGCCAGUUUGUCUGCCCAAUCCAGGAAUGAUGUUCCAGCCUAACCAGCAGUGCUGGAUAUCAGGGUGGGGAGCAGAGUACCAAGGAGGUAAAACAUCAAAUAACUUGAAUUACGUUGCGGUGCCCUUGAUAGAGCGUUCGAGGUGUAAUGCAGUUUUUAUCUACAAUGGCAUGAUUCUGCCCACAAUGAUCUGUGCUGGAGACCUAGCAGGGGGAGUUGAUUCCUGUCAGGGGGACAGUGGAGGUCCUCUGGUGACUCUCCACCACUCUGUGUGGUGGCUGGUCGGAGAUACCAGCUGGGGCACUGGCUGUGCCACUCCCAACAAACCUGGAGUGUAUGGCAAUAUGACUGUGUUUACAGACUGGAUUUAUAGAAAUAUGCAGGCGAACAGAUGACAAUACUCUCCUUGCUAAUCGAUGUUCCUGAGGACAAGAAUAAAUGAAACCAUGGGGGCCUGGGAUAUUUAUUCACUUUGUGGUUGAUUUUAUUUUUCCUCUUUGAUUUUUCUUUUAAAAAGUAACAUGAAGGAUUGCGCACUUGGUUCUGUGCUGGCUACAGUGAUGGAUCUCAGUCAGUGAAGGUUUAUCACAAUGAGCACCUUUCUUCUCCUUGUGGUGCCUGGCAGAGUCAUUCUGUCAACUGCUUGCUGAAAUGUCUCUCUUUUGUUGAGUAACUUUUGCUUGAUAAUCAGGCUUACAAUGACAAUUUAAAUCACAAUUUAAUUUCUGAUUUCCUUAGCAGGAUGCUGAGACGGUUUAGUAGUUUUUAAAUUAAAUGUUAAGUCAUGUGAAUGUUGAAUCUCUGAGCUGCUGGUUGGCAAUUUAAAAAGAAAUUAAUGUUUUUUUAGUACAGAAUUAGAAAAUGAUUUGGGUUGGAAAGGACCUUAAGGAUCA